GCCAGCCAGGAGCUAGGCAGUUCCUUUCCGGGGAUCCUCCACCUCUCUGCUGAUGUAAAUCCUCUGCUGCCCGCCUCUCUGUUUCAACACCUUCCUCCACACUGCGUGCUCCCAAGAGUCCCACAGGGACGGCUGCUCAGCUGCUCUGGCCAGUUCUACGUCUGGGAAACUGUCCUAAGGCCAGAAGACAAGGUAUUUUCCCAGAGCUUCCCCACUCCCUUUAGGAUGAUUUCGCCUUGUGGUAGACCUCAGAACUGAAGCUUCACAAUGACAGAACCGGAGACACUAGCCCUGCUGGAAAUGAAGGAACCGGAGGAGGCUGCAGAGAAGAGCCCACCGCAGGCUUUAGUGGCCCCUGGCCGGCAGCCAGAGGAAGAGGGCAGUACUGAGUCCCCUGGAGCCGAGUCCCUCAGAGUGGGGUCUUCAGUUGGUUCUCCUAUAGUCAGAGAGGGGCCGGAGGAUGGUCCAGACAGCACAAUAAGUGAGGCCGCCACUCUGCCCUGGGGAACUGACCCUCAUCCCAGCGCCCCACUUCCGGAUCCCCCGGGUUGGCGAGACAUUGAACCAGAGCCCCUGGAGUCGGAAGCACCCACUAAGUCGGAGGAACCAUUCAAAGAUGACACCAACCUGCUCCUUGAGAAGACGGUUAGGGCCUUCGUGCCCAUUGACCUGCACUGCAUAGAGCGGGAGCCGCAGGAGGAGCGAAUCGUGCAUCGGGAGAAGGCGCCGGGGGAGCACAGGAAUUUCCUGCCGGCCCGACUCAGCCACCCUGAGCCCCCAGAGCGUAAGUGGGCUGAGGCAGUCGUGAGACCGCCUAGCCGGUCCUGCGGGGGCUGUGGGAGCUGUGGAGGCCGCGAGGUGCUGAGAGCUGUAGCCUCCGUGGUGGCCGCCCUCGUCUUCUUCCCCUGCCUGCUGUACGGAGCCUAUGCCUUCCUGCCCUUCGAUGCCCCGAGGCUGCCCACCAUGAGCUCCCGCCUGGUCUACACCCUACGCUGUGGGGUCUUUGCCACCUUCCCCAUCGUGUUAGGGCUCCUUGUGUAUGGGCUGAGCCUGUUAUGCUUUUCUGCUCUUCGACCCUUCGGGGAGCCAAGGCGAGAAGUGGAGAUCCACCGGCAGUACGUGGCUCAGUCCGUGCAGCUCUUCAUCCUCUACUUCUUCAACCUGGCUGUGCUGUCCACCUACCUGCCGCAGGACACGCUCAAGCUGCUCCCCCUGCUCACCGGUUUGUUUGCCAUAUCUCGGCUGAUAUACUGGCUGACCUUUGCGGUGGGCCGCUCAUUCCGAGGUUUUGGCUAUGGGCUGACUUUCCUGCCUCUGUUGGCCAUGCUGGUGUGGAACCUCUAUUACAUGUUCGUGGUGGAGCCAGAACGCAUGCUCACUGCCUCCGAGAGCCGCUUGGACUAUCCGGACCAUGUUCGAUCUAUCUCCGACUACAGGCCCCGCUCAUGGGGCUGAACCAUCCUAGAGCUGUGCAGGGGGCUUUUAAGCACUUCCCUGAAACAGUUGCAGGCCUGGCCUUUGCCCAGGCAAUGGACCUUUAAUGUGAGGAACCUUCCCCAUAGGGUCCCACGCAGGGGGACCCAGGUACCCCUAUUCUCUCCUAGCUGCUGCUUUACGCCUAGAGCAUGAGUGCCCCAGGGAGAGACUGGAGAAGCACUCUUCCUUUGCAGCUUCACACCAUGCCCCAGGAGCUAAGCUGGACAGCUACCUCACUCCCCAGCUUCCUGUGGGUCAGGGGUGAAGAGCUGAAGCCACACGCGUGAACUAUCCAUGCCAGUUGUCUAGGUGAGAGUCAAGGAGAUGGAAAAACUGCCAAAGGCCAAGGGUAGAGGUUGGUAUCACGUCAUAUAAAGACUUUGACAUUUGGUGAAAACCUUCCUAGGGGGCCUGGGUUCAAGACCCUGUACCACUGGCCUCAAGACUCUUUGCCUCAGUCAAGACUAUUAUAGCUACUGCCUUCUCUCUCCCAACCUUCAUGGGUCUCUGUAUCCUUCCACUUUUCAAACUUCAGAGAAGUCCCACUGUCUUACUGUAAAGGUGGGAAGGGGCAGAGAGAUGAAACCUGCAUAAGAACUGUAUGUACUUACAUGGUGGCUGGGAUGGUGGAGUGGCUGUUAGCCCAGGGUAUAUAUGUGAGAAUGUAAUAAAUCACUGCCAGCC